AUGUCUCUAUCCUCCAAGCUUACCGUUAAGGACCUAAACGUCAAGGACAAGCGUGUGUUCAUCAGAGUGGACUUCAACGUCCCAUUGGACGGCACCAAGAUCACCUCCAACCAGAGAAUCGUGGCUGCUUUGCCAACCAUCAAGUACGUGCUAGAACAGAAACCAAAGGCUGUCAUUUUGGCCUCGCACUUGGGUAGACCAAACGGUGAAAGAGUCGAAAAGUACUCUUUGAAGCCAGUGGCCGCUGAAUUGCAAAAAUUGUUGGGCAAGGACGUUGAGUUCUUGAACGACUGUGUUGGCCCAGAAGUGUCCAAGGCUGUCGACUCUGCCGCCCCAGGCUCUGUCAUCUUGUUGGAAAACUUGCGUUUCCACAUUGAAGAAGAAGGCUCCAGAAAGGUUGACGGCCAAAAGGUCAAGGCCGACAAAGCCGACGUUGAGAAGUUCAGAAAGCAACUCUGCUCGUUGGCCGAUGUCUACGUCAACGACGCCUUCGGUACUGCUCACAGAGCUCACUCCUCCAUUGUUGGUUUCGAGCUAGAGCAGAGAGCUGCCGGUUUCCUAUUGUCCAAGGAAUUGGAAUACUUCGGUAAGGCCCUAGAAAACCCAGCCAGACCUUUCUUGGCCAUCCUAGGUGGUGCCAAGGUUGCUGACAAGAUCCAAUUGAUCGACAACUUGUUGGACAAGGUUGAUGUCAUCGUUAUCGGUGGUGGUAUGGCCUUCACCUUCAAGAAGGUGCUAGAAAACACCGAAAUCGGUAACUCUAUCUACGACAAGGCUGGUGCCGAAAUCGUUCCAAAGUUGGCCGAAAAGGCCAAGCAAAGAGGUGUCCAGAUCGUCUUGCCAGUUGACUUUGUCUGCGGUGACAAGUUCGCCCCAGAUGCCAACACCAAGAUCGUCACUGACAAGGAAGGUGUCCCACAAGGAUGGGAAGGUUUGGACUGUGGUCCAGAAUCCAGAAAGCUAUUCGCUACUGCCAUCUCCAAGGCUAAGACCAUCGUCUGGAACGGUCCUCCAGGUGUCUUCGAGUUCGAGAAGUUCAGCGAAGGUACCCAGGAAAUGUUGAAGGAAGCCGUCAAGGCCUCCGAAGCCGGUAGCACCGUUAUCAUUGGUGGUGGUGACACUGCCACCGUUGCCAAGAAGUACGGUGUCACUGACAAGAUCUCCCACGUCUCCACCGGUGGUGGUGCCUCUUUGGAGUUGUUGGAAGGUAAGGAACUACCAGGUGUUACCUUCUUGUCCAGCAGAGCUUAA